GACCUCUUUGGCAUCCUCGGCGACGUCGACCCGAGUGAGCUCCGCGUGCUCGGCAAGGUCUACAGCGCCGGCCUCGACGUCAACUACAAGCUGCUGCACCACGAUUUGGCCGACGGUGUCUUUCCUGCGUACAGUACCAAUGGUGCGAAUGCGUCGCCGCGGGCCAAGCGCCGGGGCGGCAACCAGUACGGUAUCACCGAAGCCGACGUGAUCGAAGGCCCGCUGUGGGAGAUUGCGGCUCGGGAUCGAAUCCGCAUCAAGAAUUUCGUUACCGACUAUGACCGGAUGCGGUCGGGCAUGCGCAUAAAGGCGCAGUUCAUGCGCGCUCUCAAGCUCCACGAGCGUGUCUUCUCGCUUUGCAAGCUGAUCGACUCGCCGUUGCGCCAGAACCUCGUCAACACCAAGUUUGAGAUGCGUCUCGUCCUUGCGUUCAACAAGGUGUUCAUUCCAACUGUGUCUGCCGAACGCGAGCUCGUCAAGGCGCUCGAGGCGACGAUCUCAGAGGCUGCCACGACACUCAUCGACUUUUUUGACCUUGAUGACAUCAUCGACAACAACAAGACCGAAGCCGACCGAAAGACCCACUUCAACAACAACGAGACAGAAGCCGGCCUUAUCGUCGCUGAAACGCUGCCGUCGGCGGCCACAGUCGGCACGGCGUCGAAGAAGCACACGAUUUCUAGUGAUUAG